AUGGAGGAGGAAAACCCGGACUGGAUGUCUCUGUUACCCGGAGAGCUGCAGGAAGUCCCGCUGUGGAACCUGGCUGUACCCGGUAACACGGAAAAACUGGAUUAUUUAGAGGAAAUUAGACCAGGAAACAAACUGUAAAGUAGAGAAAAUAUGUAUACGAUUAAAUAUGUUUCUAUUUUCGGUUUUAUUGUCCAUGUUCCGCCUCUAAACUCUUAUUUUUGUCUGUCACUGAAUCAGAUCAGACAGAUUGGUCUCCUUUUUCUUCAGUUUAUCAUCUUUAUAAAUAUAUAUUAUAAUGUUUGUCCUCACAGGGAGUCAUGACAGCAUGUCCUUCUGUCUCGAUGUCUCCUCACCUGUCCUCAAGUCAGAGCCCCGCCUCCUCAGAGUGAUUGACAGGUGUCUCCCCUGCUGGACUCGACCCUGUAUAGCCCGCUGGGCCACCACACAGGUAGUCCUAAACAUAGUCCUGCAGGUCUAUCUGAACCUUUUUUUUUUUUAUCUUUCUUUUAUUUUUUAAAGCUUUAUUCAGAGUCAACAAAAUUAUAAUUAUAAACAUAUCAGAAUCAGUUCAAUACUUUAAUUUCAACAUAUCCGUGAGAAAUACUGAACAACAUGGGAAAGCGACAAUGCAUGUAAUUUUUGGCGCUUCAUAUCAGCGGGAAAAUUCUCUAAGUUGUCAUAUAACUUCUCAUCAAAUACAUUUUAAAUUGGCUUAUGAAAAGAGUAAAUCUGGGGGUUGAUCUCAUAACUUUAUUCUUUUGGAUGAAAUAUUUGCCAAGACCUAUAAGAUUACGGUUCAACAGAGUUCAUUAUUUUUAUUUGGUCGUAUCGUUCCAAAAGAAACAUUAUCUAGAGAAAUACAUUGUGGAAAAACUGUAAUUUUGUGUUUAAUCCAUUCAUGAAUGUUAACCCGGGAUGUUUGUGUUGUGUUACAUGACAAAAAUAGAUGGUUCGUUGUUUCAGUAUUAAUUUAACAAAGUGCACAUGUUGUCUUCUAUGUUAAAUCUCCGUCGGGUGUAUCUGAAAUAGAAAUGACAGACAGUACUCGUCCCUACAGCUCCUACAAAACCAGCGUGAUAACGACUAUUUCUUUAAUUUUUCCACUUAGUCAACGAUCCUGUAAAAACAGACCAGAACUAAACUUCAGGAGGCAGAACUUAGAGGAGCUGUUUCUAAUAAAACAAUAUAAUCUUCUGCACAUUUAUGAAGUGUGUCUUUCUCUGUACGUGUGUGUUUGCAGCAGUCAGUCCUCACACAUCAGUGCGACCUCGGGAUUCGUUUCUUCGACCUGAGGAUCGCCAGGAAGCCAAAAAGAGAGAGCGAGUUGUUCUUCGCCCACGGUGUCUACACACUGAUGACUGUGAAGGUUAAGACAAACACAACAUGACACCACAACACGAAUGCUUCCUCUCAUUACUGACCUCUGAAACCGACUCCCAGAACAGACACAUACAAAGUCCUGGAGAGGGACUGAAUACACAUGCUCACACUUUCAUGGGUGUGUGUGUGUGUGUGUGUGUGUGUGUGUAGGAGGCUCUGGAUGAACUUGCCACCUGGCUGGACGCUCAUCCAAAAGAGAUCGUGAUUAUUUCCUGCUCACACUUUGAAUCACUGACAGAUGAAGAUCACGCCGACCUGGUGGAGUUUCUCUUCAUGCUGUUUGGAAACAAACUCUGCCCCUCAAACGUAACUUUGCUCAAACUUUUUCUCUCUUUUCUUAUAUUCUCUGUUUUCUAGAAAUAGAUGGAACUCUUACUUUGUGUUUAUUAUCAUCUUCAGGACAUUCCGACUCUGGGUUCCUGCUGGUCCAGAGGUCAGCAGGUUGUUGUUUCCUACGCUGACCAGCAGGUGCUGCUGCAGCAUCCUGAGCUGUGGCCUGGAAUUCCUUACUGGUAAACAGAGGAGAGACGCUUCAUCGAUCCGCUCAUGUCACACUGCAAUCAAAACUUUUAUUAUCAUCCAUGUUCAUUAUCGGCCUCUCGCUCUGUCUCCAGGUAUGCUGACAGCCCAGACCCAAAGAAGGUGAUCGCCUACCUGGAGGAGCAGAAGAGCAAGGGAAGACCAGGUAGGGAGCUGCAGCCUGAGGUCAUAAAUCAUAAAAUAAUAGUCCAUAAAAUAAACGUCCUGUCAAUAAAAUCUGUGUUAAAUGUCAAAAUCAAAACAGAAUAAUUGUUUUUUACUACUUUAAGUCCUUUGCAUCAUCACAGCCAACGUACCUGAAAUAAAUGAAAGUAUUUUCAUCAUCUGGAGGUUCAGAUCGAUUUACUUUUUUAAGUUUACUUUAUUUCCAUAAAUGGAUUUCUUUGUCUCUCAGCCGGUUUUUACGUCAGCGGCCUGAACCUGACAGAAGACACCCCCUACGUCCUCCUCCACCCUCUCCAGAGCAUGAAGAAGAUAACGAUGAAGGCGCUCUCUCUCCUGCUGGGAUGGGCGAGCGAGCAGAAGCCAGGUGAGCUUGAAGUGGGCGGAGUCAACAUCCUCUGCUGCGACUUUGUGGGCGUCAGUCAGUUCUGCUCGCUUGUGAUCGGACUGAACUACAAGCUGCUCAAAGGGGGUCCUGUUUGA